GCGAAUAUCAGAAAUUAGUAGAAUGUAGAGAAUAUCGAAAUAAGCUGAUGAAAAAUAUUUAUACCAUUCGUUUAACAAAUUUAGAAGCUAUUCCUCUACCACCAGUAUGUAGACCUCGAAUUAAUUUUUUAAUUGCUGAUGGCAAACUUGCUUAUUUGCAAGAGUUUCCUCACAUGGUAGCAAUUGGUUGGAAAGAUGAUGGGAAUGUCUCUUAUCUUUGUGGUGGCUCUUUAAUUUCAAAUAAUUGGGUCUUAACUGCGGCCCAUUGUACUCAUAAUUACUUAGGGAAGCCGAGGAUUAUUAAGUUAGGUAGCAAUAGUCUGUAUGAUACUUCAGGAAAAAUUAUCAAAAUCAAAAAGACCAUUCGUCAUCCUGAUUUUAAAAGACCAAAAUUUUAUUUUGAUAUUGGUCUAAUACAGCUUGCAGAAUCAGUGCCCUUUGAUAACAAUAUUCAACCAGCAUGUCUUUAUUCUCAAUAUGAAACUACUCCACGAGUGGUGUGGGCAACUGGUUGGGGUUCGAGUCAAUAUAGUUCAUUUUUUGAAGAUAAGAUAGAUUUCAGCGAUGUUCUUUUAAAAGUUAAAUUGAAUGUAAUCGACAAUAUCAAGUGUUCAUUAGCAUAUAAUUCUUCAACUGCGAUACCUUAUGGAGUAACACCAAGUAUGAUGUGUGCUGGUGAUCCAUAUGGAGGAUGGAAAAAAGAUACAUGUCUUGGUGACUCUGGAGGUCCAAUUCAAACAUUUGAUAUGGACAAUUGUCUUUAUCAAAUAGUUGGAAUAACAAGCUUUGGAAAACUUUGUAUAAUGACUAAUACUCCAGGUGUAUAUACUCGAGUUUCUCAUUAUCUCGAUUGGAUUGAAUCCAUUGUGUGGCCUUGACAAAAUGUGUAGACCAGAAUAUACACUAUACUUAUUUUGCCUAAAUUAGCAAGAAUGAAUCUUUUUUAAAUAGUACGGAAAUAUAUUUUAUGGCAACUGGUUUAUGGAAGAUUUUAUUUAAAUUUCAUAAUAAAUAAAGAA